AUGAGUGGUGGUGGCUGUGAUAACAGACCGCCUCGACUUGACAAUUUGUUAAAGCUUGAUGGUUAUCUGUGGAAUUAUCAGAAUGAGAUUUGUCGCAGAUAUGGAGUAUUCCUUGAUUAUUCGAAGAAAAUUGAAGAGUGUGGUGGAUGGGAGACAUUCACAACAGCUUAUCGAGAAUAUGGUGUUGUGGUGAUGAAAGAUAAUUCAAUUCAUUGUCUGGAAUGGGCACCGGGAGCAGAAGCUUUGUCAUUAGUAGGAGACUUUAACAAUUGGAAUAAUGAAUCACAUUCAUAUAAAAAGCUGGAAUUUGGCAAAUGGGAAUUAAUUAUUCCGCCUGAUAAAGACGGUAAUUGUGCAAUUAAGCACGGAUCGAUAAUUAAGGUCGCUGUAAAAAAGAAUAAUGUAUUCCAUUUUAAAUUAUCGCCUUGGGCGCCUUAUGUUACACGGCCAAAAGAAACAACAGUUUAUCACAUGCCUUUUUAUAAUCCACCAGAAUCGGAACGUUACCAUUUCAAAUAUCCAAAACCAUCAAAACCAGAAUCAUUACGAAUUUAUGAAGCACAUGUUGGAAUAUCUAGUUUGGAAGGCAAAGUUAAUAGCUAUAAAAAUUUUGCGAAUGAUGUUAUUCCAAGAAUCAAGAAACAAGGCUAUAAUACCAUUCAAUUGAUGGCCAUUAUGGAACACGUUUAUUAUGCUAGUUUUGGCUAUCAGGUUACUAGUUUCUUUGCAGUAUCAAGUCGUUGCGGGACACCAGAUGACCUGAAAUAUCUCGUAGAUAAAGCACAUGAAGCAGGUCUGCUUAUUUUGCUUGAUGUGGUGCAUUCACAUGCUUCAAAGAAUGUGGAAGAUGGAUUGAAUGAAUGGGAUGGUACGCAGAACAGUUAUUUCCAUGACAGUAACCGUGGCUAUCAUAGCCUUUGGGAUUCACGACUUUUCAAUUAUACGCAGCAAAAGUUAAUGAGUUUCAGAAUUGAAACUCUUCGCUUUUUACUUUCCAAUCUUCGAUGGUGGAUUGAAGAAUACGGCUUCGAUGGAUUCCGAUUUGAUGGUGUAACAUCGAUGUUAUAUCAUUCUCAUGGAAUUGCAGAUGCAUUAGAUGGUGGUUAUGAUAUGUAUUUCGGUCUGAAUGCUGAUACCGAUUCACUUGUUUAUUUGAUGCUUGCGAAUUCGUUUCUUCAUCGCAAAUUUCCUAAUAUCGUAACGAUUGCUGAAGAAGUAAGUGGCAUGCCAGCAUUAUGUCGACCAGUCGAAGAAGGUGGACAGGGUUUUGAUUAUCGCUUAGCGAUGGCAGCACCGGAUUUAUGGAUUAAACUUCUCAAACAUUUCUCGGACGAGAACUGGGAUAUUUCUAAUCUGGUAUUUACGCUGGAAAAUAGAAGGUAUUCUGAGAAGCAUAUUGCAUACGCUGAAUCACAUGAUCAGGCUCUUGUUGGUGAUAAGACGAUUGCGUUUUGGUUAAUGGAUAAAGAAAUGUACGAUUUCAUGUCUGAUACAACACCAUUAAUUCCGAUAAUUGAGCGUGGUAUCGCAUUGCAUAAAAUGAUUCGACUGAUUACAUAUGGAUUAGGUGGCGAAGCAUGGUUGAAUUUCAUUGGUAAAAUUAUUUUUUUUACAAAUUUAAAAAGUUUUUUGUAA